UUCUACAUCUACGUUCGGGUUUGUUGUGCUUUGACUUCGCUCAGGCAAAGACGUUUCGAUUUGCUCAAUCUCGUCGUCCCGUCUUUGUUUUUCGUCGUCUAUCGUUUAUUUUCGUGUUGUAGGUAUCUCAUUUCUUCAUACACACGCGAGAAUAUACUCGGUUCGAAAAUAGUUUUCCCAACAAACUGUCAACAGGCGCGCGAAGCAGAGAAUGCAUAUGUCAUGUCAAUUAAAUGGAUUAAAUUUAAAUAUUUAUCUAUGACAACCACGUAUCUAUAAUACGAAUUGGGAUUUUAAGGAAAAAAAAAAAAAAAAGUACAUAACAAAAUAACUUAAUAAACGACUCUUUGAAGUGCAACAACUACAAACUAAUAUCUCGCGAAAUUCGAAACAGUGCGUUUUUAUUUUUGGAUCACAUCCAAUAUAAAUCUUACUGAAGUGUACAAAUUAAAUUGUUAAAUAAUUGUUUAGCAAAACAAAGAAAAAUUAAAGAAAUAUUUUAAGAUGAAAUAAAAAUGCAUUUUUCAUAAAAUUGUUUCUUAAUCGUUGGUAGUUUAAUUUUGUAGAAAAUAAGAUACAUCCCCCCGGAUUGGAGGAAUGAUAAAUCUGUGGCCCUAUUGAUUUAGAAUUUCAUUUUUAUCACGCAUUCGGUGUGUUUAUUUAUAUUCUCUUGAGGGGAGGGAACAUCCCAUGAACCUCUUUGUAUCCCAUCAGCCACCACCGCAUCGUCGUCGUAUUCACCUCUCAGCUCUCAAUCUCCCGCGCUCCCAUCAUUUUUCGUCUUCGCGCGUUCUAUUUUUGGAUUCAAAAUUUCAUUUGAAAAGCGAUUUUCUUUGAUUUCGAUUUUUCUCUUCUUCAUUUUCUUUCAUUUUCGAAAAUUUUGAAGACGACAACGACUCGAUACGGAAUAACACGUUUCCUCGUCCUCAUACUCACCUUUGUUUGGAGAUUUUGGGAAACAAAUUAAGAUGCAAGUGCAGUGAGUUUUAACGGUAACGGAAAUAGAAUACAUGGAAAAUAAAAGGUCUGCUACCCAUAUUAGAUACAUAAUUUAAAAUUUUUAAACGAUCACACAUCUCGCAAACGAAAGUGAAAACGAAAAAGCUGCGCGGAGAAUAUUGAGCCCUAAAAAUCACUCAUACGAUCAAGUGCAUCGCGGAAAAAAAUCUAAAUAUAGUGCUGACAUCUGGAAUAGUGAUUUAGUACCUAAAAAAAAAAAACAAAAAAGAAAUACCAAAAAGUUGUUUCGAUCGAAAUAAAAAAUAAUCAAAAUAUAUUUUUCGUUUGUUAUUUGACACCGCACCGUUGUUGAGUGUUGUUGUACUGUAUGUACGGUGUACCUAUAUGCGUGUGAAGAGGUGAACCUAUGCGUGAUAUGUGUGUAUCUUGUUACAUUGAAUUAGAAGUUUUUUAUCUACUUUUUUUCAUUUUUGUAAAACAAAUUUAUUGUUAAAGAGAACGGGUAGCGUAAGCGAGGGUUAUAUGAAUUUAAUAAAAAAAAAGGAAACAGUAACCCAAUAGCCACGUUUUGAUUGACGCAGAUAACCGUGUAAAUGAAUUGAUUUGUUUUUAGUGAUAGAGUGAUUGUCUCUCAAAGGUGUGUGGAAGAGUGUUUUCUUGAAUUGACAACAAAAAAAAAAAUAACAAAAUGACGACAAAAGCAUCGCCACCGGCCACAACAAAUUCCGCCACUAACUCUGGUGUUGUCAAAAUUAAGAAAGAGUUACCCAGCGAUGAAAUAAAGGAAUUCGCUGAAACAGCUAUGAAUGAGCUUCUCGGAUGGUAUGGUUAUGAUGGUGUUGAUCGCUUAGACCUGUCAUCGAAAACUUCCCGCCUAUUGAAAUCUGCAGCUUCAGCAAAUCAUAAUAUGGAAAAAGACAGAAGCAGAAGUCGCAAUGGUUUGAGUGACAGUCGUCAAAGUCAUCGAGGUGGUGACAGUACGACAUCAGAUCAUGAUACACAUAGCUCAAGAGAAGAUUCUAAAAGUCCAAAUUCUAGCAAAGCUAUCGAUGAUAAACCAGAUUACAAUAACUGCGUUUGGUGCCGUCGACCAGUACCUGACAAUUCAACGGACUUUCUCACAACUGCCGAUGGACCAAGAUACUGUUCAGAGUCCUGUUUUACGCAAAGUCGGCGAGCCUCUUUUAAGAAGGCGAAGACGUGCGAUUGGUGCCGGCAUGUUAGGCAUGCGGUGAGUUAUGUCGACUUUCAAGAUGGCGCUUCUCAGUUACAGUUUUGUUCGGACAAAUGUCUUAACCAGUAUAAGAUGCAAAUCUUUUGUAAAGAAACUCAGGCUCAUUUGGAUAUGAAUCCACAUUUAUGUGACAAAGGCCUAGAAACUGCAAGUGGAAGCGGUGGACUUAUUACACCGGAUUUGUGGCUGCGAAACUGUCGAAGUAGAUCGGCUUCACCUGCCUCAACGGUGUCAGUGUCACCUUCUCCAGCCACACCAACUCCACAGCUUAUACCAACGCAACCACAUAAACCGUUAAUAUCAGUGGCUCCAGUUUCAAAGUUGAUGUCGAAAAGCCCUGGCAUCAUGAACAAUCGACAGUCACCGAAGCAUAGCCGCAAGAAGAGGCCUUCGCGUGCUGCGACCGCUAGUAUAGGCCUUCAAAGUAGCAAUAACAGUAAAACCACCAACAGUAUCAACAACAACAACAACACCAACAUUUCAAACAAAUCAAAGAUUCUAGCCAAUAGUUUAGCGGCAAGCCCUAAACUUCCACCAAAGCCGUUCCCUAGCGUUCAAGACUUUCAAAACAUUAGUGCUCCACCGAUAUCUCCAAUAGAUGGUCCAACACAACAAUCACAGCAGCAUCCAGCAGCAAGGCCUACAAACCUACCAUCUGGAUUCUUCCCGGGUCCGUCUUUUCAACCUAGACCACCGUUUAUGCCACAACCUCACCCAAGGUUCUAUGGCGGACUUCAGCAUCUAUUUCCACCACCAGAUGCGAUCUCGGGGCUAUUAGGUGGUCCACCGCCUGUGACUGUGAUGGUGCCAUAUCCAAUUAUAAUCCCGUUGCCCAUCCCGAUUCCAAUUCCAUUGCCGAUAAUGGAUUUUGUAAAAGCUGCACAGAAAAAAGAGCAAGCCGCAAUGCCGCCUGAGAUACCCACUACAAGUAACGCCAAACCUUCAGAACUCAACGAAGAGCCUCUCGAUUUCACAAAAUCUAAAGAAGAAGAACCGACGUUAGUCGAAAACCCACCAGAAGCAGAAUCACUUCCCUCUCCUGUUUCGAAAGAACAGCCAAUUAUAAAUCCUGAAGAACAUUCUGAUGAUAAUUUUAAAGAGGAGAAACUGCCAAAGCUAAAAAUCACACGGCUUCAUAGCAAGCGGCUUGUAACCGCUAGUUCACACUCACCGUCUUUUACUUCAGCUACUACGACGACGCCAGCUACAGCUACUCCUAAAGAAGCCCAAACUUCACCCAGUGAAUGCAGUCGACCACUGCGAAAACGGAAACGAAUAAUAGACUGUGACUUCCAGCGAAUGACAUCAAAGGAAGUGGAUGUCGAAGACAUUACUUCUUCGGGAAAUAAACAAAGGAAAUAAAAUAAAAACUGAUUCAUCUUAAAAAAAAAAACACUAUAUUCUGAGACAUCUUGUGCAAUUGCUUGUUGUUAUUGUUAUUUCGUUUCGUUUGAAAAAAAUCUUGUCUGGCAGGAAUGCAUUUUAUUUUAUUAUUUAAUUUUAGUUUUUUUUUUAUUGUUGGUGUUGUAAACCCAUUUGUUGGAGCGAGAAAAUGCUUUAAAAGCAGACACAAACUCAUCUGCUUUAUUUUUAUUUUUUUUUUUUCAAUAGGUAAACGUUUUUUUUUUUGAAAGUUGUUAAAUCUUCUUUAUAAUACAAAAAAGAAUAACAUAAUAUAUGUGUAAUUAUUUAUUUAAGUAAUUUUUAAGUUUAAGGAUUAUUAUUUUGUUUGUUUAUUUUUUUA